GUUUAUAUGAUUCACAAUAUAUUGACAUUAAUUUGUGUACAAAAAUAGGACUGAAUUUGAAUUGAGAUUUGAAUUGAAUUACAAAAGCAUUGAUUGUGUGAUCGAUAUAUGAUAUGAUGGAUGACAUCCUCUUUGACUUUCUUCAUAUGGAAAGCGUUGAACUGUUGGCACAAAACUCGGACAACGACUCAAACGAGUUAUGUGUUUCCCGUUUAGAGCACAUCGGAUACAACACUGGCUAUCGAUUUGUGGAGAAAGCGACUAAAGAGUGGCAGCGAUUCAAAGACGAAUUGGAUGUAAUGAAGUUCAUCUGCAAAGAGUUCUGGUCCACAGUAUUCAAGAAACAGAUCGAUAAUCUGCGCACAAAUCAUAUGGGAAUCUAUGUAUUGCUCGACAAUCGGUUCCGUUUCAUAACACAUAUGUCUAACUCUAAGCAAUACGUCGACCAAAUGCCAAAGUACUUGGCCUUCACGUGCGGACUAAUCAGAGGGGCGUUAAGUAAUUUAGGUCUCAACUCAAUAGUGACGGCAGAGAUAGUGUCUCCUCCGAGUUGUCGCUUCCAAAUACAGAUUCAAAGACAACAAUAGGUCCGAAAGUAUUGAGUCUUCAGUUUUGUCAUUACAAGUGCUAUUGAUUUCAAUGUAAUUCUUAUGUCAAUUCGUUUUAAUGAAUAAUAUAUUCUUUAAAUAUUAAAAAUAACGUUUGAUUUGAUGUUUAAAAA